CGUGAAUGGCUGAGGAGAGAAAGAUUCGCAAACCAAAGUGGCGUGAUAGGGCUUUGAGUGUGGUUAGAUUCCGCGUGAUGUGUUUCCCCUUCUUCUGUUUGGCUGCAGCCAGUUGCUAGACCAUCAGCCCCAUACGAACUGAGUAGCUUUGAUAAUCACCAGUAACUGUAAUGCAGAAUGAUGAAUGUUAACUCUAGAUCAGGUAAUUGACUAAGGAUUUAUAUGCAACUUCUUGUAGUCCUCCGACCAGAAUAUCUAGAUCGUUCCUUCAAUUUUUCUGCCUCAAAUGGUUACGAAAAUUGCGAUGGUAUGCUAUCGAGGAGGAUUAACACCAACACUGCCCCUGUCUACCGUCAUGAAGUAGCUUCGCAAUCCAAAAGUUGUCGUACUGGCCAAAAACGAGCUCGCCCUUCUGAUGUGCCAAGCAGCAGUCAUUAUGCCAAUCGCGUUAAUCCGUCUAGGAAAAUGUUUUAUGAUUCCGAUUCCGCUGUGUCUGAAAAGAGCUCACACAACAAUUCUUCAUCGCCAUGCCCGUCAUAUGUGUCAAAAUAUUCUGGUGAUUCCACUGCUCGUAAUUAUAAUUCCAGGUCUCAUUCGCGCCCCAGCCGUCCUGCAAGUGGAGCAAGCACAUCCAAUACCAGAUCACUGGCACAUGGUCAAGCAGAACAAAUCCGCAGGUCGCGGGAGUCCUCUACAUUUGCCCUUAUCAACGCUCAGUUGUCAAAGCCACCUCUCAGCCAGGUGAGAGACAUGUAUAUGGCAACCCGGAGCGGGUCUGGACAAGCAAAUUCUUCUGCGCGUACUACCAAGAAGGCAAAUCUUUCCGUCGUUCACGCUAUUAUAAGAUGUCGUAUAAAGAAAUAUCUAAUUGAAGUACGCGACUACAUACGCCGUUGUCUGGACGCAUUAUUCUCCCACAUGUUUGAAAAUUAUGAUAUAGCGUCUAGGGAUACCCUGGCAUCUGACAUACUCGGAAUAUCACCCCUACCGUGUAGUCCUGAAUGUCAAUAUUGUCCAGAAAUUAUGCAAAAGACCGAAUAUCCGAGGCAACGAAAACGUGAGUCCAGGAGUAGUAAGUUACACCUACCUCAUCCAUUUACUCAGAUGCCAAGUACUUCUAGUCAGUUUCCUGGUUCAUUACCGCACGUGACACAACCAUUGAUUCCAGCUUGUCCAAAUCAAAUGCCUCACCCUCAAAUUCUAUCCCCAGAUUCUACAAUACUAAAUGUUAACUCCGAGAAUAACAUCUGUCCUAACGAAUCAAGACCAGUGGAAUGUCGUCUCGGCGAUUCACCUGAUACCUCUUUCGACUGCAGACUCAGUCAGUACACAUUUCCUGAAUCGAGUGCACUGUUAGAGAUACCUUUACCUUCAUAUCACAUAGACGAUUCUGAUUCCCCCAACAAGAGUAUAGAUCUGGGCAGUCCAUCGCACCAAUUGUCAGAUGAUUUUGACAACAAAGAUUGGCGAGCAAAUGAUGUUGACUUUGGUCCAUGCAAAGAAGAGUUUGGUGACUCAGUUUCCUUAGCUUUCGAUUCCAGUUCCGGUACUCCAUCCAGAAUUGAUGACAGCCUUUUCGACCCAGCAUAUGAUGCUGGUGAUCUAAUGCAUCACUUCACUAUGGAUAAACAUCCAGGUCUCCAGCUCACCAUAAGCCCAUAGCGCUCAUCACCUGUGUAUAGAUGCCUCUGUGUGCGCUCCCUGAUUUCGCCUAUAUCCUGUUUCGUCAUUGCGUGAUGACAUACAUGGUACUGGUUCAUAUGUAUAUACCACUUUGCCAUGAACAAAUGCCUGUGUUAUCCUUUGCACUUUUUUCACAUUUUUGACACUGUUCAAAAGAUAUAUUUACCAAUGCCUUUCUUAAUCUAAAUUUGCAUUUUUUGUGUAAUAGAUUAUACAAUAAACUUUAACUUGGAU